AUGACAAAGACCCACUCACCCAACGACAGAGACCCACUCCCCCAACCACAGAGACCCACUCCCCCAACGACAGAGACCAACUCCCCCAACGACAGAGACCCACUACCCCCAACGACAGAGACCCACUCCCCCAACGAUAGAGACCCACUCAUCAACGAGACCCACUACCCCAAUAACAGAGACCCACUCCCCGAACGACAAAGACCCACUCCCCGAACGACAAAGACCUACUCCCCUAACGACAGAGACCCACUCUUCCAACAACAGAGACCCACUCCCCCAACGUCAGAGACCCACUCACCCAACGACAGAGACCCACUCCCCCAACGACAGAGACCCACUCCCCCCAACGACAGAGACCCACUCCCCCACCGACAGAGACUUACUCCCCCAACGACAGAGACCCACUCCCCCAACGACAGAGACCCACUCCCCCAACGACGAGACCCACUCCGCCAACGACAGAGACCCACUCCCCCAACGACAGAGACCCACUCCCCCACCGACAGAGACUUACUCCCCCAACGACAGACACCCACUCCCCCAACGACAGAGACCCACUCCCCCAACGACAUAGACCCACCCCCCAACGACAUAGACCCACUCCCCCAAAGACAGAGACCCAAUCACUCAUUGGCAGAGACCCACUACCCUAAUAUCAGAGACCUACUCAUCAACGACAGAAACCCACUUCCACAAUAA